CCAUUUGUGUGCUAGAGGCCGGUUCCGGUUGCAUCAGCGUGGGACCCGCGGCGAAAUGAGACUGUUCGUGAGCGAGGGCGCCCCGGGAAGCCUGCCUGUACUAGCUGCGGCCGGGAGGGCGCAGGGCAAAGCCGAGCUGCUGAUCAGCACCGUAGGCCCGGAAGAGUGUGUCGUCCCAUUCUUGACCCGGCCUAAGGUCCCCGUCUUGCAACUGGAUAAUGGCAACUACCUCUUCUCCACUACUGCAAUCUGCAGGUACUUCUUUCUGUUAUCUGGAUGGGAGCAAGAUGACCUCACCAACCAGUGGCUGGAAUGGGAAGCAACGGAACUGCAGCCAGCUGUGUCUGCUGCAUUGUACUGUUUAGUGGUCCAGGGCAAGAAAGGAGAAGAUGUUCUUGGCUCAGUCCGGAGAGCCCUGACUCACAUUGACCACAGUUUAAGUCGUCGGAGCUGUCCUUUCCUGACUGGGGAGACAGAAUCUCUAGCUGACAUUGUUUUGUGGGGAGCACUGUAUCCAUUACUCCAAGACGCAGCCUACCUCCCAGAGGAGCUCGGUGCCCUGCACAGCUGGUUCCAGACCCUUAAUUCUCAGGAGCCAUGCCAGCAAGCUGUAGAGACGGUGCUGAAGCAACAUGGUAUCCUGGCCCUCCGGCCCUACCUCCAAAAGCAGCCCCAGCUCAGCUCACCUGAGGGGAAGCUUGUCAGCAAUGAUCCUGAGGAGGAGGAACUGGCUACCUUAUCUGAAGAAGAUAUUGCUAUGGCUGUAAGUGCUUGGGAAAAGGGCCUGGGAAGCCUGCCCACCCUUAGGCCACAGCAGAAUCCAGUGUUGCCUGUGGCUGGGGAAAGGAAUGUGCUCAUCACCAGUGCCCUCCCAUAUGUCAACAACGUCCCGCACCUUGGGAACAUCAUUGGCUGCGUGCUCAGUGCUGACGUCUUUGCCAGAUACUCCCGCCUCCGCCAGUGGAACACGCUUUAUCUGUGUGGCACAGAUGAGUAUGGUACAGCAACCGAGACCAAAGCAAUGGAAGAGGGCCUGACUCCCCAGGAGAUCUGCGACAAGUACUACGCCAUCCAUGCCAGCAUCUACCGCUGGUUUAAUAUCUCAUUUGACACUUUUGGUCGCACUACCACUCCACAGCAGACCAAAAUCACCCAGGACAUCUUUCAGAGGUUGUAUGAACGAGGUUUUGUGCUGCAAGAUACUGUGGAGCAGCUGCGGUGUGAGCGCUGUGCCCGGUUCUUGGCUGACCGCUUUGUGGAGGGUGUGUGUCCUUUUUGUGGCUAUGAGGAGGCCCGGGGUGACCAGUGUGACAAGUGUGGCAAGCUCAUCAAUGCCACUGAGCUAAAGAAGCCUCAGUGUAAAGUCUGCCGGUCAUGCCCUGUGGUGAGAUCCUCUCGGCACCUGUUCCUGGACCUGCCUAAGCUGGAAGAGCGGCUGGAGCGGUGGCUGGAGAAGACGGUUCCUGGCAGUGAUUGGACACCCAACGCCCGCUUUAUCAUUCGUUCUUGGCUUCGAGAUGGCCUCAAGCCCCGCUGCAUAACCCGAGACCUCAAAUGGGGAACCCCUGUGCCCUUAGAAGGUUUUGAGGACAAGGUGUUCUAUGUGUGGUUUGAUGCCACUAUUGGAUACCUGUCUAUCACAGCCAACUACACAGACCAGUGGGAGAAAUGGUGGAAGAACCCAGAGCAAGUGGACCUAUAUCAGUUCAUGGCCAAAGACAAUGUUCCUUUUCAUGGCUUAGUGUUUCCUUGUACAGCCCUUGGAGCUGAGGACAACUACACCUUGGUCAGCCACCUCAUUGCGACAGAGUACCUGAAUUAUGAGGAUGGGAAGUUCUCCAAAAGCCGGGGUGUGGGGGUAUUUGGAGACAUGGCUCAGGACACUGGGAUCCCUGCUGACAUCUGGCGCUUCUAUCUGCUAUACAUCCGGCCUGAGGGCCAGGACAGUGCCUUCUCCUGGACAGACUUGCUGCUCAAGAAUAAUUCUGAGCUGCUGAACAACCUGGGCAACUUCAUCAACAGAGCUGGGAUGUUUGUGUCUAAGUUUUUUGGAGGCUGUGUGCCUGAGAUGGUACUUACCUCUGAUGACCAGCGCCUGCUGACGCACGUCACACUGGAGCUACAGCACUACCACCAGCUGCUGGAGAAGGCCCGGAUCCGGGAUGCUUUACGCAGUAUCCUCACCAUCUCUCGCCAUGGUAACCAGUAUAUUCAGGUGAACGAGCCCUGGAAGCGGAUUAAAGGCAAUGAAGCAGACAGGCAGCGGGCAGGGACAGUGACAGGCAUGGCAGUGAACAUAGCUGCCUUGCUCUCUGUCAUGCUCCAGCCAUACAUGCCCACAGUUAGUGCCACCAUCCAGGCCCAGCUACAGCUCUCACUUCCAGCCUGCAGUGUUCUGCCCACCAACUUCCUGUGCACUUUGCCAGCAGGACACCAGAUUGGCACAGUCAGCCCUUUGUUUCAGAAAUUGGAAAAUGACCAGAUUGAAAGUUUGAGGCAGCACUUUGGCGGGGGCCAGCUAGAAGAGUCCUUGGCUUUCAAGGUAAAAGUGUCCCCCAAGCCAGCAGUUGAAGAGGCUGUGACAACAGCUGGAUCACAGCAGAUACAAAUGUUGAUGGAUGAAGUGACAAAGCAGGGCAACAUUGUGCGAGAACUGAAAGCACAAAAGGCAGAUAAGAACCAGAUUGCUGCAGAGGUGGCUAAACUCUUGGAUCUGAAGAAACAGCUGGCUCUGGCUGAGGGGAAGCCCCUGGAAGCCCCUAAAGGCAAGAAGAAAAAGUAAAAAUGAGAGCUUGACUCAUAGAAAGUUGCUUUAAUGGAUAUGGACAAUAAUAAAUAAAUGUACAACAUCUAUAUA